AAGGAGGGUGACUAUUUCCGCAAUCAAACUUUCCUGUCAUGCGCACAGCAGUCCUGGUGUAAAUUAAUGGUACAUUUACGGCACCAUGCCGUAAAUGCACCCUGUGUAAUGCACACAUUACCGCUAAGAACGACUUGUCGGACACGGCGAUAGCAAUACAUUGUUAACAAUAAACACGGAGAUGGAGUCAUACUUUCUUUUCAGAGGCAGCCAGCGAGUUACUCUUAAAAUAGACGACAUGCGCGUCGACAGAAUCAGCCGCAUUUUUCAGGUCAACGCAGGUAGCCUUUUCAUCACUGAUGCCGCCAACGUUGCGGUUUUUCCAUUGGAUAGUGGGUGUUUCUGCUCCCUGGACCUCUCUGAUCACGGUCAUUAUGAGGUUCAUGGGGAAAAACCUGGGGAGACUCAAAGGAUCCAGACAGAGCCAGCUGAGUCACGGCCGUUUGCUUUUCGUCAUAGUCAGCCAAUGUCUACUGCAAACAUGAGUCAGUUGACUAGAUCAAUUAGCACCCCUCGGUCAUUUCAAAGGUCAAUACAUGUGUCAGAAAUAAUGGAUGGAAAGAUUGUUUCCACAAGGGUGGUCAUGAUCAGAUUUGUUGAAUCAGAGGCAAGCGUUCCACUGAUCACAGGAAAAGUGAAUGUGGCCAUGGGAGACAGUGAGGAGUACAUCCUUACAGACACCAUUGGGAAUGAAAUAGUUGAGUCUGAAGGGACAAUUGGGUCUUUGUACUGGAAGCCGAAUGCAAGAAAGAUCCAUGCUGUUGAGAGCUCUGCUUUCAGGCAAUGGCGUCGAAGAGGCUCAAGAAGCAGAAAUGAGCUAUCUGAAGUCCACACACUGAGCAACAAGGUGGAGGAACUGCUGGAUGCAUCUCAAGGCCUGGAAGAAGUCACCAGGAAGAUUUCUGACAUAGUGGCAGCCAGCCAUGACUUGAUAGUACCAAGGCCAGAAGUCAAACAGGCAUUUAGCUGUUUGAUCUGCAGAGAAACAAUGACCCAUUUUGUAACAUCUCCCCAAUGCCUUGAGUGCAGGGGUCAGGAGCCAGUGUAUACCCAGGUUGCUGGACUGUCUGCAGCACUGGUUUCUUUAAGGACCUUCCCCUAA